CAUCCUGCAAAGAAGAACUACGAGUUUCGUUCAUAUUUAUUAUUUGCGACAACAUGCCGCAGCACGAAGACACCUAGGAAGAAUGCGAAAUAAUUAGGAUUAUGAUGCUAAUGGUAAAGUCUUUCUCUCAAAGCUUCCGCUGCUUCUUACAAUCGUACAUGCCAGCGUUUCGAAUAUCGCGAUAGGCACAUUGCAAGACGAUGGCUUCCCUAAACACUUCUUCGAUAUAGUUAUGUUCAUGCCGACCGCUUGGAUUUUAAAACCAUUUUCCGCUAUUGGCAACCUUAGUCGCGACUCAUACGCUAUCUGAGAAUCGACAAUAAGCAAUAUCUUUGGUGGUAUGUGAUUCUGUACACCGCGCCAGGCAGUAUCUGCAAUCAUCUACCUAUAUGCCUCCGCGUAUGCAGAUACUUCUUCCAAAACAACAACGAUAGUUUCCUAUAGGAUGGUUUCAAUCACUUUUCUGCGUUUAGCUUGAAAGGCUGAAAGUUGUCUUCACCCCUCACUAAUAGUUGAGAUUGCGAAUUGAUGGAAGUGGCUGAUAUUUAUCGGCAUGGGUGGGAUCAAAGGAUUAUUUGUGAAUAUGCCAUACCUAAUGAGUCCUUGAUAUGCUUGAACGAACUGUCAACACGCCAACUUCGACACCAGCACGCUUGAUAUUCGCAAGAUAUCAGUAGUGGUCGUUACUUUAACAAGGCUGAAGUUGGCACAUGUCUUACUGUUAAAUGCCUCGCUGGAUUAUGAUUAGGUUUCUAACGCUCCUGUGCUGUUCGAACCUACCUGAUUCCAAAUAAGUACUGGUUUGCAGACAACCAGACUUUUUGACAUGACGGCUGUUUCUGGGUGAUUAUGAAGCACUCGUUAUCCUUACCCAUAUACUGAGCCUUUCAAAGCUCUAACCUUGACUGCCCCAACGACUUUCAUGGCCCACUGAAGGUGCUUGAAGUAUCGGUCAUUUACCAUAGAUGUUAUCAUCAUUCACAUCCAUUUCUAGGACGACCUCGCCGAGUAACCCAAAACCACAAAGCUACACAACGGCGGAGUUCUCGGAAUCCUGUCUACAUUUCAAACACUGGGCAAUUUAUCUUUUGGCAGAAGAGCUGCAAGGGAGUUCGCUCCCACCUACACCGGGAACAUUGUUUGCACACAUGGGCGUGGAAUAAUUGAGGGUUAGACUCCCUUGACUAUCGCGCAGGAGCAACUAUAUUGGCAUGGGCAUAUUGACGAUAAUUUCCUUUGCUUCUGCUUGUUAUAUUUGCGUUUUAACGCGUCGUAGAUAGAACUUUGCAUACUUUGCGUGAUUCCGAAAUUGUAAACGCGGUUUGGAUACCGAUGCAUCGAUGCAUGGAACUUGGAAGGAAGGACACAAAUCUCGGUAAUCUGCUCACUCGGUGUCGGACGAUUCUUUCAAUAUUUCAAUUCAGUCUAUGGAACAACGAGUGUGGUGGGUUCUUUCUUACAAUAUCAAAUGUUUGGGCAGGGCAGGGCAUUUACACAGAUUAUGGUUUAUGGAUUAUGGAUCUAACACCCGGGAACAUCUUUAUUAUUGGACUCAACCCAAUUCAGCAGAACCCACGACCACCACCACCAAAAACCACAACCACAACAAAUAGGCAAGUCAUACAAUCAGAUUCAGAUAGGUAAUGUAACACCAAAAAAUCCCUACCAAUUUUUUUUAUAUUUUCAUCUUCAUCUUAUACUUUUCAAUUGUCUUCAAGAUUUUUAUAACUUCUUUUCCUCAAACUUCUUUUCAUUAUUCAAUUCAAUUCGACUUUUUCAUCUUGAAGUUCUUUUGUGUCGCAAUGUAUGGUUUGAUGCCAAUCCAUCGACUCAAUUCUCGCUAAGCCUAAAGAAGCGCGCCACUUUAGCAAAAUCAUCGACAUUGCCUCAAUUAUGCCUUCAACUCAACAACCCAAAGAACACCCUGAUGCUCGAGAUGCGAUCGCGCUCGAGAUGAAAGACAGCUGGAGCCCCGGUGACGAUCGCAGAGAUAGAGGUAGAGUAGACCGAGGAGUUAUUGAAAGACGGUCGAGAAGAUCAAGGUCUCCCACGUCACGUCGACCGGACACCGACAGGACACCCAACGCUGGAGAUCGCAGUACUGAUAGGUCAAAGCCAUCACAGGAAGUUGAAAGGCGAGAUCGCAGCCCAGACCGCAGAAGACAAUUAUCUCCUCGGGCAGGAAAGGAUUCACAAGAAGAGGUAUUGAAGCGCAAUCAGGGCAGGGAACUAUUAUUGGAGACGCGAGGCUCAGAACAAGGAAAAGGAGAGACAGUUCAUUCACCUCAACCGAUCAAAAGAAGGAAGAGUCGUAGCCCAUCGCCGAAUCGCAAUCAACAAAAGAAAGCUCGAAGAAAUUCUCGCAGUCCAAUACGGCACAACGGAGCUACCAAAGGGUCAUCCCGACGUGAUAGGAAGCGGCGUAAUAGGUCUGCAUCACAACAUCGAAAUCGACAAUCGGAACAGAACAGAAAUAAUCAACGCGAGGAAGGGAAUCCUAGAAACCGUAGGGAUUUCGGGAAGAACGAUAAGCGUGGACGAUCUCCUGGCCAGAACCGCGAUAAAUUCGAAAAAUCUCGCCCUUCAUCCUCCCUGGACUACGACGACCCCCCGGCGAAUCGUAAUAAAUCCCCCCAGAGAACCACUGAGCAAGAACAAAAGGACGGGGAAAGAGUAGCAUUAGAGUCGACUGAGAAUAAGGAGAAGAAGCGAGACAUUUCCCCAUACUCGACUCGUCGAUCUCCAGAGGCAGACAGAUACGGGCAUACAAAUCGCGGCCGUCGUCAAUCACCUCGUGCACCAAAAGGACCAAAGGGAAAUAGGAGACGUUCUCCAAAGCGAGAUAAGGGACGACCUUCACGAGACGAAUAUCGCCCUAAUAACAAAUCCCGAGGCCGACCGACAUCGGCAGCUUCAGGAGCAAAUAGUAUUGAGGUCAAGUCGGAUAAGAUGGCCAACAGAGGAUUUUUUGGUAGCCAGCAAGGAUACAAUCCAAACCAACAGAUGCAGGCAGCAUUUCCUCUGAAGCCGCAAUUCAACCAAGUCCCUCAAGGCCCCCAAGCUGAUCCAAGACAAUUUUCACAAUCUCCACAGCAUCAAAUGACUCCGAACUCGUAUCAUGGUUCACCUCAGGCACAAUCACCAUAUUCAUCUGGACGGGGAAAUUGGAAUGGCUCGCAGCAACAACAAUUUUCACCCACUUCGUAAGCUAUUCUUUGGUAGACCUAGUGAUUUCGUAAUCUAACAAGACUUGCAGGCAAUUCCAGCCAAACUACCAGCAGCAACCAGGAUAUGCUACUCCCACUGGUCCGCAAAGUCAAAUGUAUGGCAACCAAGCACAAUCUCCUUCUCACCAAGCCCCUCCUACAGGGCCGAUGAACAAUAACUUCAGAGGUAAUCAAAGAUUUCGAGCUGGCAAUUUCAAUGCCCGAGGCAAUCGUGGUAAUCAAUUCAAUACCCAGUGGAAUCCUCCUUCUGGUCCCUCUGGCGCUAGUCGUGCCCAGUUCAGCAAUUCCGGUAACGUCACACCUCAACAUAUGUCCCCGCAGCAGCAAUUCCCAUCGCAGAAUCCAUUUGAUUCUAGUGCAAUACCACUACAAAACCAGGUAGACGAUAGCGAGGACUUAUUUAGGCCCUCAAAAGACCUUCAAGCUGAGGAUACUAGCAAGAAAAUUGAUGAGGAACAAAUGCCUCCUCCUAGUCGACCACCACCAACAGGACCGCAGAGCCAACAAAAUUCCUCGAAAUUUAGCUUUGCAUUCAAAGGCCCUGCGAAAGCGGCUACUACUCCAAAACCAGAGAUCUCUCAGAAGCUGAACGCUGUCCCAAUCAAGCGAGAUAUGCAAAAUAGCCCUCGUGGUCCUGCGGCAACACGAAAUAUCCCCACAGAACCAGCAUCUGCAAGAGCGCAGCACGCAUUUCGAGAGCCACCACCCCCUGUAACGCGCAAGGUAAAGAAGAUGAUGCAACGUUUGAAACCAAAGCCACAACUACUUUCCGAAUACAAGGCGUCAGAUUCUGUAUACUACCGAAAACCCGGCAAUGAAUCUGUCGUUGGAUCCGGAACUUACGGUAAAGUGUUCAAAGCUAUUCAUGUUUACACAAAUAAGUUGGUUGCUUUGAAGAAGAUUCGCAUGGAAGGAGAACGCGAUGGCUUUCCCGUGACUGCGGUACGAGAGAUAAAACUUCUUCAAUCCUUAAAGCACCCAAAUAUUGUUAACUUACAAGAGGUAAUGGUGGAGAAGAACGAUUGCUUUAUGGUUUUUGAAUAUCUGUCGCACGAUCUGACGGGUUUGCUCAAUCAUCCGUCUUUCAAGCUUGAUGCAGCUCAUAAGAAGCAUCUUGCUAAGCAGCUUUUUGAAGGUCUAGAUUAUCUUCAUCGCCGAGGUGUCCUACACCGGGAUAUCAAAGCAGCAAAUAUUCUUGUUAGCGACGAAGGGCAACUAAAACUAGCAGACUUUGGACUGGCUAGGUUUUAUGCCAAGCGAAGGCAGCUAGACUAUACCAAUCGUGUUAUCACUAUCUGGUAUCGUUCACCAGAGCUUCUUCUCGGCGAGACACAAUAUGGUCCUGCAGUAGACAUUUGGAGUGCAGCCUGUGUCUUGGUCGAGAUUUUCACUCGACACGCAAUAUUUCCGGGAGACGGUGGUGAAAUUAGCCAACUCGAGAAAAUUUACGCUGUACUUGGAACGCCAAAUCGAACUGAUUGGCCCGGCUUAGUAGACAUGGCAUGGUUCGAACUUUUAAGACCUACUGUCAAACGAUCCAACGUUUUUGCGGAAAAGUACAAAGAACGAGUUACCCCGGCUGCGUUUGAGCUUUUGGAUGCCAUGUUUCAGUAUGACCCUGUCAAGCGACCUUCUGCUUCUGAUGUUCUUGAGCACCCGUACUUCACAACGGAAGAGCCAAUGCCGAGACAGGCUGUUGAGUAUGUUAUUUUCUUGUUUCUCAACUUUUUUACCAAAUGAUCAUUAGCUAAUACUUUGAAAUAGGCUCAAAGAACUUAAGGGCGACUGGCAUGAAUUCGAAUCUAAAGCGUUACGUAAAGAAAAUGAGCGUAAGGAUAAAGAGGCACGAAGGGCAGCGCAGAAGGAAAAGGAGAAGAAAAGAACUGCAGAGGGUGAAGCAAGUUCCGAAAGAGAACCAAAAAGAGUAAUGAUGGGACCUCCAGACGUACCACCACCAGCUUCCAUACCUCAAAAUCAGGAGGUCGCCGCUCCGAGCAACUUGAUCGAUUCCAUAUGAGCCACCUCCGUAGCAGGGGUGGAAAAGUCCAAAAAGAAGCUUGCAGCAUGUACAUUUGGGAAGAAACGCUUUUGGCAUUCGUGCACCGGAUAAAGCUUUUGUAAGAUUAUUGAUAUUAAUAACCUAAGUAUGUAAUUGGACGCGAUUUGGUUCUUCAUGGGAUGAUGCAUCUUCAGAUGAGAAAUUUAGGGGUUGAACGAGGAGCAUGAGGAGCAGGAGCGGGCGUUCCGGAGACGAGUAAAGGGAGGGAGAUAGGGCAUGCAAGCCACGGUAUGAUGGCGCAUUGUGCGUUGAGAAAGCAAAGCCUCUUCCCACUUUUGAGUUAUUCUUCAAAGGAGAUGAUGUCAUGUAUGUGGAGAUUUGCGAUGAAGAGAAAUUCAAUGAUAUCCAAACGAAGAUGUAAGAUCUUAUUUAC